AAUCGCUCAGAAAUGCUUGCUGUUGCGCUGAACGAAGCUCCGGUGCCAUUAUAUGAUCGUCGUAAUAUUGCCAAACCAUUUUUGGUUUUAGAACCAGGACAUUUGCCUAUUACGGAUGCCUCAUCACGAAACCUAUUCCGGUCAUUAUCGGUCACCCAUGUUGGAUUUAAUUCGCUUGGCAAUGAACUGAUUGUAAAUAUUGGCGGUGAACAAAUCUAUAUUUUCAAUAUACUUGAGCGAGCACAUGAACCGGAUGCAUUGCAGUCGCUUCAAAGUCUGCUAGCUAAUCCUAUCAAGAAUUUGCCGGAUGUUGGAGAAUUCAUGGGUUUUGAAAAUACAACUACAGAUGUUUUCAAAAAGGAACGUGAACGUGCAAAAAUACAUUUCAACAAUAAUGAAUUUACGGAUGCAAUUAAUACAUACAGCCGUGCGAUCCUGAAAUGUGAGAAACUGUGCGGACGUAUUCCACCUCCUGGCCAUAAGCAUGCUAUGGAUCUUUGUUUAUUGCUGGCAAAUCGUGGCGCUUGCUAUUUACGUCGUCUCUGGGAUGGUGACGUAUACGCUUCACUAAUCGAUCUGUUGCGAGCCCUGAAAAUCGAACCGCGCCACAGCAAAGUGCACUAUCGCAUCGUAAAAGCUCUAAUCGAUCUGAAACAGUAUAAUAUGGCACGAAAAAUUUCAGAUUUAUUCAAGGUUUGCUUGAAAGUUUUGUUCUAUAUGACUUUCAAGCGCAAGCUUGGAAGAGGGGGACUGUGUAGCGUGUUAUUUGAAAAUUUGUCAUCAGAACUUAUUUGA